CAUUCCGCUGACUGCAGGCAUUAUUUUUGUUCUGGACCUUGAAGUCCAGUCCUUACCCCUCGUCCUGACUACUUCUUUCUUUGCUGGCUUCAUCAUUGCUGUGUUUUUCUGCUUUUCAUCCACUUGAGAGCUAUUGCAUUUACUGCCAUUCAUUUGGGCCCUGACACUGUCCUAUUUAUUUACAUUCAGAAACGUGCAGUAAAAAACAAAAUUAGAAGACACACAUGAUGUCUUUACCUUUCUACCAAAGACACCAUGAGCACUAUGACCGUGCAUACCGCCAUAAAGCACUGCAGUCCACUGUAAGCCAGUACCAAAAGGAAGCAAAGAGCAAAUCUGCUGUCUAUGCUCAGGGAUCUACAGCUUAUGCUAGGGGCUCUGCAGCCUAUCGCCAUGCAUCUGCAGCAGACUUCAGCCUUGACUCUUCAGCAGCAUAUAGUCAUGGCUCUUCAGCCCAUGACCUUGAGUCGGCAGCCUACAGCUAUGGAUCUACAGCCUAUGAUCAUUCUGCUGCACAAAGUAAAAGAUCUGCUGCCUACAGUCUUGACUCUGAAUCCCUCAGCAAGAGCUCAGCUGCCUACAGCCAUGGAUCUGAAUCCAUCAAUAAGCUGGCUGCAGCCUACAGGCUGGGAUCUGCAGCCUACAGUCUUGGACUGAAAGAUUCCAAUUUAAUGAUUGAAGAUCAAUCGUAUAAGAUGAGUCCCAAAGCAAAGAGAGCAAAACAGAAUUUGGUAUCUGAGGACAAAGAGAAUGAAGCCAUAGACUACUCAGUGCCCAUAUUCACAGGACAAGAAGUGAGUAUCAGUGGGAUCACAGACACAGAAGAAGAAAGAAUUAAAGAAAGUGCUGCAUAUGUUGCCAAGAGGAACCUUUUUGCCACAGGUGAAGGAGUUAGUGUCAGCAAGGUGGCCAAGUCAACUUCUGAAGAGGAACAUCGUGAAAAAAAAUCAAGGAAAGUAGCGAUCCGGGAGUCUGCUGAACGCGUGGCCCUGAAGAAAACGCUAGAAGACACUCAGGCAUUCCACAAAAAGUUGAAUCAAGAUAAACUUUUACAUUCUCCUGAGUUUAUUAUCGAGCCUCGUUCCCACACUGUCUGGGAAAAGCAAAAUGUCAAAUUUCAUUGUUCUGUGGCUGGCUGGCCAGCACCCCUUGUUACAUGGUACAAAAACAACGUGCCCAUCAAUGUACAGACUCACCCUGACAAGUAUAUCAUUGAAAGUCGAUAUGGGCUGCACUCACUGGAGAUUAGCAAAUGUGAUUUUGACGACACUGCUCAGUAUCGGGCCUCUGCUAUGAAUGUUAAAGGAGAAAUUUCAGCUUACGCUUCCCUUGUGGUAAAGAGGUACAAAGGAGAAAUUGAUGCAAGUCUUUUGCAUGCUGGAACUGUUUCCAUGCCUCUGGGCUUUGGCAUUACUCCUCAUGGAUAUGCUUCCAGGUUUGAAAUCAGCUUUGUCGACAAGUUUGAUGUAGCCUUUGGGAGAGAAGGCGAGACAAUGAGUCUGGGCUGCACAGUUGUCAUCAGUCCUGAUAUCAAGCGCUUCAAACCAGACAUCGAAUGGUACAGGAAUGGUGUUCUUAUUACACCAUCCAAAUGGGUCCAGAUGCACUGGAGUGGGGAGCGAGCUUCAUUAACACUGACUCAUGCAAACAAGGAAGAUGAAGGUCUUUACACUCUACGAGUGGUGAUGGGAGACUACUAUGAAGAGUACAGUAAUUAUGUCUUUGUUCGAGAUGCUGAUGCUGAAAUCCCUGGAGCCCCUGGUGCACCACUGGAUGUGCAGUGCUUAGAUGCCAACAAAGAUUAUGUCAUUGUCUCCUGGAAGCAGCCCGCUGUUGAUGGAGGAAACCCCAUCCUCGGUUAUUUCAUUGACAGGUGUGAGGUUGGCACCACCCACUGGACCCAGUGCAAUGAGACUCCCGUGAAGUUUGCUCGUUUUCCUGUCACUGGUCUGAUUGAAGGCCGUUCCUACAUUUUCCGAGUCCGAGCUGUGAACAAAGCUGGCAUCAGCCUACCGUCCCGGGUGUCAGAGCCCGUGGCUGCUCUGGAUCCUGCUGACAGAGCCAGGCUUAGAAGUCACCCUUCUGCUCCCUGGACUGGACAGAUUAUUGUCACUGAGGAAGAACCUGCAGAGGGUGUUGUUCCUGGUCCACCUACAGACCUCCAGGUUAUUGAAGCCACCAAGAACUAUGUUGUGCUUAGCUGGAAACCUCCUGGACAGCGGGGCCAUGAGGGUAUCAUGUACUUUGUGGAAAAGUGUGUUGCCGGCACAGAGGACUGGCAAAGGGUGAAUACUGAGAUCCCCGUGAAGUCUCCUCGCUUUGCAGUUUUUGAUUUGGCUGAAGGCAAAUCCUACUGCUUCCGAGUUCGCUGUUGCAAUUCAGCUGGAAUCGGUGAACCUUCAGAAGCAACUGAAGCCACUGUAGUAGAUGACAAACUUGAUAUUCCUAAAGCCCCUGGCCGUAUUAUGCCAACUAGGAAUACAGAUACCUCAGUUGUUGUCACUUGGACAGAGCCCCCAGAUGCCAAGGAGCUGGUUGGGUACUACAUUGAGUCAAGUGUAGUUGGAUCUGGUCAUUGGGAACCAUGCAACAACAAUCCAGUGAAAGGCACAAGAUUCAUUUGCCAUGGUCUCAUCAAUGGUGAGAAGUACAUUUUCAGAGUCAGAGCUGUUAAUGCAGCGGGACUCAGUGAAUUUUCACAGGAUUCGGAGCCCAUAGAAGUGCAAGCAGCCAUUGGGGGAGGAUUGCUUCAUGGUGUGUGUCCUGAACUGAGUGGUAAAGCUGGUGGACUAACAGACUGCACUACCAGCUGGGAAGGCAUGCAUGAGUCCUCCCAGCCUAUCUUUGACACAGAUGCUUUGCUAAAAUGCAAUGCUAAAUUUAAUAGAGACACGCUACUCGGUAGCUCUGACAAACUGGGGAGUACAGGAGACAAUAACAUAAGAGAAACGGUUAAGGACGCUGUCACAUCUGCACCACAAAAAGUUGCUGCUAAGCAGGCAAGUAAGUGUCAACCCGGGUAUCUUUUGACACUGGAAAAAGUGACAAAGAAGAAAGAUACAGCUGCUCCAUCUCCACCUUAUGACAUCAUGGUACUUGAGAGUGUUCGUGACUCGAUGGUAUUAGGAUGGAAACAACCUAAAGUCACUGGUGGAACUGAAAUUACUGGCUACUAUGUGAACUAUCGUGAAGUGGUUGAUGGAGUUCCUGGGAAAUGGAUGGAGGCCAACAUUAAGGCGAUUAGCGAGAAGGCAUACAGGAUUCAAAACCUGAAGGAAAACAUGGUGUACCAGUUCCAGGUGGCUGCUGCUAACCUGGCUGGGGUUGGGACACCCUCCCUACCUAGCCAGCCCUUCAAAUGUGAAGAAUGGACCAUUGCUGUACCUGGUCCACCCCAUGAUGUCACAUGCACAGAAGUUAGGAAGGACUCUUUGGUUUUACUGUGGAAGGAACCAGUUUAUACUGGCCGUAGUCCCAUAGCUGGUUAUUAUGUUGAUAUGAAGGAAACUGAGGCAAAGGAGGAACACUGGAGAAGUGUCAAUGAGAAGCCACUUCAAAAGAAAUUCUUGAAGAUAGGUGGCCUAAAACAAGGUGUGAGCUAUGUGUUUCGUGUACGGGCAACAAACCAGGCUGGUGUUGGGAAACCAUCAGAUGUCACGGAUCCUGUUGUAGCUGAAACACGACCAGGAACCAAGGAAGUGGUGGUUGAUGUGGAUGACAAUGGAGUAAUUUCCUUGAACUUUGAAUGUGAUCAGAUGUCUCCAAACUCUAAGUUUGUUUGGUCCAAGAAUUAUGAACCGAUUGAGGAUGACUCUCGACUGAACAUCGAUACCAAAGGCGGAAAGUCAAAAGCUAUCUUUAAGGAUCUUGGAGAAGAUGAUUUGGGAGUUUACUCUUGUGUUGUUACAGACACUGAUGGAGUUUCAUCAAGCCACACAAUUGAUGAGGAAGAAAUGAAACGCCUGCUUGCUCUGAGCCACGAACGCAAAUUCCCAACUGUCCCACUUGCCUCUGAGUUGGCAGUGGAAAUUUUGGAAAAAGGAGAAGUGAGAUUCUGGUUGCAAGCUGAAAAACUGUCUGGCAAUGCAAAGGCCAACUUUGUAUUUAAUGAUAAAGAGAUUUUCAAUGGAGAGAAAUAUAAAAUGAAGGUGGACCAGAAGACAGGCCUUGUUGAAAUGAUUAUGGAUAAACUUGAGGACAAGGAUGAAGGGACUUACACUUUCCAACUGCAGGAUGGAAAAGCAACCAAUCAAUCCAGCCUUGUCCUCAUUGGUGAUGUAUUCAAGAAGCUGCAGGAUGAAGCAGAUUUCCAGAGAAAAGAGUGGCACAGGAAACAAGGUCCUCAUUUUGUGGAUAAACUGGGAUGGGAAGUUACCGAUGACUGUAAUGUGAUGUUGAAAUGUAAGGUGGCUAAUAUUAAGAAGGAAACACACAUUGUAUGGUACAAAGAUGACAGGGAGAUAAUGGUAGAUGAAGAACAUGACUUCAAAGAUGGCGUGUGUACUCUGCUGAUAUCAGAGUUUUCUAAGAAAGAUGCUGGCACUUAUGAAGUCAUACUGAAGGACGACAGAGGAAAGGACUCCAGUGAGCUAAAGCUUAAGGACACAGCUUUUGCAGAUCUGAUGAAUGAAGUAUGCAGAAGGAUUGCUUUAUCUGCCACAGACCUGAAAAUCCAGAGCACAGCUGAGGGUAUCAGACUGUACUCCUAUGUUACUUAUUAUGUGGAAGAUCUGAGAGUAGGAUGGAUGCACAAUGAUACCCAGAUUAGGUUUACCGACCGAGUGAAGACUGGUGUCACCGGGGAGCAGAUCUGGUUGCAGAUCAAUGAGCCAACUCCACAGGACAAAGGCAAAUACACAAUGGAACUCUUUGAUGGUAAAACUGGACACAAGAAGACAGUGGAUCUUUCUGGACAAGCAUUUGAUGAAGCCUUUGCUGAGUUCCAGAGAUUAAAGCAAGCUGCAAUUGCAGAGAAAAAUCGUGCACGGGUACUUGGAGGUUUGCCUGAUGUUGUCACCAUCCAGGAGGGCAAGGCACUUAAUCUUUCUUGCACUGUCUGGGGAGAUCCUACCCCAGAGGUCUCAUGGCUGAAGAAUGAAAAACCAUUUGUAUCAGAUGCUAAUUGCAUCCUGAAAUUUGAAUCUGGAAAAAACGUCAGCUUUACCAUUUCUACUGUGUCCACACUUGACUCUGGGAAAUACAGCAUUGUGGUGAAGAACAAGUACGGCACAGAGACCAGCGACGUCACUGUGAUUGUGAUUUCUGUGUCAGGACAGACUGACACAGUCCAAGGACAGGAUCAAAAUAAUGUAACUGUAUCUAAAAAGAAAAAAACAACAACAGCAAGCAAAUGGAAGGAAGGGGAAAAGAAAGAUUUUAUUAAGCCACUUGUAGAAGAAAUUAUUGCUACAGAAGACACACCUGAUCCAAAUGAAACCCCCCUUGUGGAAACAGAAAAGGAUACCAAGAGCAACCAGAGAGCAGCAAAGAAUGAUGGAAAGGCAACAGCAGCAGAAAUAGUUCCUCAGCCCACAGAAAGCUUGGAUAGGCAGGGAAAGAAACCACUGGAAAAAAAGCCUUCAGUAAAACCUGCUGUUCUUGAAUGAAGAAUGUGAUCUUGUUAUGAUCUGGAUAAUAAAUUCAAGCUGAGAUUUCAUGGGUGGUAGACUAGCCAUGAUACUUUAACACAAAAGUUUAUUAGUGUUUUUUUGUAACAUUUGUAAUACUUCAUAACUUUAAAUGCAUAGUAGAUGGGCACUUAUGUCUCAGUACCAGAUUAGUUGCACUGCAAUCAUUUCUAAGUAUCUUAAUAAUGAUCCAUGUACUGACAAAGUGAUUUUUAAUUACUAAAAAUGUCCAUGAUAAGCAGAUUAUUAGAGCGAAUCCUGUCCAAAACUGACAUAUUUAUGACCCUCUAAAAGAAUGUUGAUAUCAGUUAUGUGGAUCUGUUAAUUGAUAUUUGUAGGCCAUCACAGCUUGAGGCAGACCCCGCUUACUUUCUUAAGGAAACCAUACAUACAGUCCUUUUAAUGCCAUGUGGGCUGUACUUUUCACCACGACCAGUUUGGCCACAGGGGAAGAUGUCCAGAAACAGAGCCAUCUCCAAUGGAUGCAGGGGGGCCAUAAGUAGGUUUUCUUUUGAUCCAAGUUUCUUUCAUGCAAACCUGUUUCACCAGGUGGAUCAGGAUGACAUCUGGUCAUUUCUUAUCACCGAGACCCACAUGACUGCUUUUCAGUCCUCUCCAUUAAUUCCCUCAUGGCCAUGGUGAGGUACUAUGGAUAUAGCAUUAACCCAUAAAAUAUCAGCUGCCCCACAUGCUCAUUCCUCUCCACCCUUUUUGCUACAGCAAUAUUUCUACUUCCAAGACCUGCUAAACCCACUGUCCUCCUUCCCAUCAGUGACUCAGCCCAACACUAUCUCUUCUUCCCCUCACUAGGAUCAGACCCACUGGUUUCUUAUAAGAGAGUGUAGUUUCACAGUCCAUGUAAGUGAGGAAUAAAUAUAAACCAAGAAUCUCUGCUUUAAAUCAUUACUGCGCUCAUUCACACUCAUUACUGUGUUCAUUCCCAUGUUUAUGCACUGAGGAUAUAAGAAAAUAUGAUUCAUUUGUGGAUGCUUAAGAUACCUUGGAAGAAGCAGAGUUCAAGCUGAAAACCAAACCAAUAAAAAUAAAGGUCAGAAUUUACUUUGUUAAUAUGCAAGCUGAGUUCAACUUUUAAGUGACCAGAAAUUAUUA